GAGCUUACAGUGUUUGAUGAAAAGAACAACACUCUGAGAAAAGUAUUCGUUCUUUUCGACACGGAAGCAGAAAUGUCCUAUAUCGACACAAGCCUGGCAAACGAACUUCGACUUCCUGAACUUAAAGAGGAAAAAUUACGCUUACAUACCUUCGGUUCAGAUCAAGUACAAGAAAAAAUUUGCCGUCUUGUUCAGUUAAAUGCUUGGGAUGCCGAAGGCGUGCCGAUCAAACUAGAUCUUCUCACGCAUAACGUUAUAACCAAGUCGUUUAGAAGUCCUGCAUUAUCCAAUGACGAUGCCGACUUUAUUCGACAGUAUCAUAUUCCAUUUAAAGACAAAGGAGAGAACAUGGCCACUCAAAAUCUGGACCAAGAUCUCGCGUAUCUCACCAUUAUCAUGAAACAAAAAUCGACAAGUGAGAAACGGAUUCUCCUCAUCAGUCGUCUUCUGUGCGCUGCCGGAAUAGCCAGGGAGAAAUAUCUCGCUCUUUGCACUCGUUAUGCAUUGAUCUACAAGUUCUAUGACAUACCAUGGGGAACCGAAAAAGGAAAAGCCGGACAAAUAGAGGCGAUCGAUGAUGAAAUGUUAGUGAUGGACUGUCAAACAAAAAGUAUAGAUUCUCUCAUUGCCAAGUUGGAAAAAGAAGAAGGAAAAAUAGGAAGGGACCUCCGCAAGUCAGUUGACGUAAAGAUGGAACUACAAAAACGCAAUAUACAGUGCCUUCAGAACAAACUUAUGGAAAAAGAAAAGGAAAUAUUUGAGCUGAAAGUAAAGAUCAGUUGUUGGAAAUCGCAAGUGCGCCGGAUCAGCAAAGAAGCAACAUCACAAACGGAAGAUGCGGUAAAGCACGAUUGCGACACGCAGACAGCGAUGCAUAACGAAGAAGAAGAAGUGAAGUACAAUGAGAUUCUAGAUGUAAACGAGUUAGUCGAAAGCGAAGAAAUUUAUGUAGAUAUGGAAAGCGAGUACGAGUACCCAGAUGACGAAUCAUACUUCAGUAACAUGGUGAAUGAGGUAAAAGAGGUAAAAGCUGUGAAACACACGCUAGAAUCAAAGGUCCAACAAGAAAACACCGAAGCAUGUACUUCGAUACAGGUACCAUGA